UAAGCCAUUCCAAUGUUUUCCAACGCCUUUAAUGGUUUAACUUAUAUAAACAGUUUUCAUAAAUGCGUUUGUGAUUAAUUCGUAGGGCGGAGGAACGGAACGCUAGCCUUAUAACCGUUACUAUCUUAUCGCGCAUGUGCGUCAGAGGUGGACAAAGAAGUUAUUUUGUUUGGUUACACUGGAAUAUAGUUCUGACAGUUUCGGAUUUAUUUUAAAAGCAGAGAGUUAAGAUUAUCUCGUAAAAGUUAAGGAUUUAAAACUUACGGAGUGGAUAAAAUACGUGUAUUUACUAUAUCACUCGAUAUUUUGAUAUUUGCCUCCUUUAGAUAUACGAGUAAAAUAUAAACUGAUAUUUUGAGGGCAAAUCCAAGUUUUUCACUUCAGUUGCGAUUUAAUUAUUUCGAAACAGGAAAGAAUGCGUGUAAUUAACUUACUUAUCAAGAUAGCCGUGACACUGGCGGUUGUGUACAGCUUACCCGUGAAAACCGUGAAGCGAUCAACUGAUUUAGACGCAGGAGAAAUUACGGAUAAGUUAUCAAGACUGAAAAACCUACUGGAAAGGCUAGAGGAUGUCCAGCAAGCAAAAGCUAAUUUAGAAAACAAGAUGAAAGAAAGUGAAAGGGAUCCGAUAGAACAUGGUGUUGAAGGGCUGAGCCGAACAGAUAAACGUACAAAUGCAAAAGCUGAACAUGAUGGCAAUCGUGAACCUGAAGACGAUAUUAUCAACCUAAAAAUGCUUAAUAAUGUACAAAAAGUUAAGUUGCUUAAAGAACUUGUCAAAGAAGCACAAAGCGUAAAAAGUGAAAGCAUGGUAGACGAAGGUACAUUUGCGGAUACUGCAGUACCAGAAUCAAAAGAAAGAGCGGAUAUUGUGGACUGGAAAGAUCUGACAAAACGUCUUAACGAUGAGACAGAUAACAUAUAUCAGCAACACAAUAAACAAGAUAAAAAGCCAGUUCAUAUAGAGACAGAAACUAAAGAAGGCACGUUUGGUGAAUUCCGAGAUGAAAUAAAAUAUGCCGUAGAGAAAAACCUGCUUACAGAUAUUGCUCUGGCCAUUCAUAGUGGCAUAAGUGUAGAUGAAAUCCUAAAAGACCUUGUCGCAGAAGGAAAUGCGAGAAGCCCCGAUGUUGUUUGGGCUAAAAGAGACAGGGACUGAUGGACGUUUUACAAUUCAUGUGCAUUUGUUUCUACCUGCAAUUUUACAUAGUAAAUGUCCAGAAAAAAAUCGUGCAAUUUUUAGCAAUUCUUGAAUAAACUAUUGUAUUUUAAUAUUUAUAUUAUAUUGUUAGGUUUAAAUGCAUUCAUUUUGGAAAAAAAACUUUGUUUAUUACGGACAUCAGAAUGAUUUUGACAGUUCUAUAAUAUGAAGAUUAAGCCACAUUAUGUAUACAGAUAUUGGUUAUAUAGUUCGUAUAUUAAUGUCAAUCUGAUUAAAAUCAGCUCCUAAUAAACGCUAUGCAUAAGGAUCUGACGACCACCAAUAGGAUGUCACCUUCUCGUGACCUUUUAAACAGCCAAUCAUCGGUGAGCUUUCAUAGUUUUUACUGCUGAAAAACCAAUACUGAGAAGUUAACAAAUACUGUGGCAAUCAGAUCUACAUGUAAGAAAUAAGUAGAUUUGAACUUGAGACAGAUUUAAUAAAAUAUUGAUGUAUAAUUCAAUUUGCUUGCCGUACAUCAUGUUAGAGUAUUUCAUCAUUGAAAACAACUGCAUUCCUUUAUCGAAAAGAAAAUGUUACUGAUUUACUUUAGACUAGAAACAUUAAAAUUUAUCUGAAUUUUUUAGCUAAAGAAUGCUUUUGGUUAUUUUGGGCAAAUACCUUAACAUUUUAUCUUAUUCUUUAAAGAAAAAAUAUUAUUGGUGUAUUUUGAAAUAUGAAACAUUAAAAAAUCAUUAAGAUUUCAAAUACGCAUUAUAAUAGAAAUGUGCUGUUUAAAAUAUACAUUCCUGUAUAUAUGACGUAGAAAGUUUGUCGCAUCCUUUCAUGAAUAAACAUGAUAAAAAGAUAAUGCUCUCUAAAAAAUUUAAAUGUACUCAAAAAUGAGUGACACUCUUUAACUUUUUUUUCAAUUUCCAAAAAAAUUGUAUUUGAUAACCGUCUGCUUUAGUCAUUUAUCUAAAUAUCUUAAAGGUUAUCGAUUCAUUCGACACCAUCCCUUCCCCCGCCCACUCCUUAUCCAGUCUUCCUGCACUACGCAAAAUUGUCAACAACAUUACUACAUUUUCACUUUGUGAAAACAAAUUUUUUAUUGUACCUGAUUUUAGUACAUAUAUCGGUAAUACAUCUUAUCGUGUGUUUUUAUUCUUCUUUAUUACAUAUUGUUAUUUGUCGUUGAUGUUGUACCAAUUGUUUUAUAAAGUUUCGGUUCCUGACGUCAUAUUUUCAUUUUUGAACUGUUGAACUUUGCAGUAGUAAACAUUUGUUUCAUAUUUUUUUUUAAAUCCGUACCAAGCUAAAGUUAAUACAUGGACCAAUCUAGUCAUCAUUUUGAAAGCAGCAUGCCUCUAGAUUCAUGCUUAUUUUUAGAAAUUUUUUAAAACGUAUUUAAAAGUAUAAUAUUGUGAAGUAACCAAAAGUAAGCAAUUAGCACGUUAUCAGUGACACAACCCCAGUAAAUUACAAAAAAAGGUAAAAUCAAGCGUUAGUAACAGAGUUGAAAUAUAAUUAUCAAUACGGAAAAAACAGUCAAUAAUCGAAUAUAACAUACAUGUACUUAUUAUUACUUGAUUCUUGAAUCUUUUUACUUUUUCUCAAAUCACAGUACACUUUGAUUUUAUUCGAAUAUUUUGGCUCAUCCGGAGGGCUGUAGCUUUAAGGAAAUAUUUCGAAAUAGAAAUACAAUUUUUUUUUUCAAAAAAUAUUCUUUUUUUUUUAAUAUUAAGAAUUUUUGUAUAAAAAUAAAGGUGUUUUAAUUUGAAAUUAUAUGCAUUCAUAUUCGAUAAAAGGUGUAACGCAUUGACUAAACAUUUAUGGCAUCGUUGUAUCGUUGCCAGUCUUAUAUAAAAAAAAUGAAUAUCUUCACUUAAAAGUCUUACAAUUUUAACAUUAGCUAUUCAUUUUAAUUGUCCGUUUUAAUACA